AUGUUGUUUUGCAAAAUGAAGAUCCUUUUACUUUCCAUAUUUUUCCUAUACUAUGUAAACGCCUUUAAAAAUAUGAACAACCAUGCCUCAUUGCAAAUAGCUAGUAGACGAAGUGAAAAAUCAAACUUUAGAAAUAAUGACAAUUUUUUAGAAAAAAGAAAAUCAAAAACUUCUUUGAAUAGUACAUUUGAUGAAAUUAAAAGUAUAAUAUCAAAGCAAUUAUCCGUUGAAGAGGAUAAAAUAGAACCAACUUCAAGUUUUACUAAAGACUUAGGAGCUGAUAGCUUAGAUCAAGUUGAAUUAAUAAUGGCCUUAGAAGAGCAUUUUAAAAUUACAAUUUCAGAUCAAGAUGCUUUAAAAAUUAAUACAGUUGAGGAUGCUAUAAAUUUUAUAGAAAAAAAUAAAAAGCCUGAUGCAUAA